AUGGCCGAUGAUCCAAGUAAGUCAAAAGCAGACGCGAUAAAGCAGUGGCGAGAAAAAAAGAAAGAAGCCAGUCGUUUAAAGUCAAAAGAAUACUAUCAAAAACACAAAAAUGAUAUCUCGAAGGCGCGAAAAGAGAAGCGAUUGGACAGUGCAUUUCAGUCCAAAGUGUCAGAUGAGGUAGAUAACGAAGAUAGCCAUGGAACAGCCGCCUCAUUUUUUCCAUCAAGGAUGGCGAAAAAAAGGGCCAUCGAAACGGCAAAGAACGCCUUGCCUGGGUCGCCUAGGAGGAGAACGGAGGUGCUAACAGCACUAUUGGAAAGCCCAAACACCCGAAAGGCACUAAGCGCAGCAGCGACUGUUAACACUCCAGAGCAGGAGGAAGAGGUGAAACUGGCCCGAGCGUUACUUAAAGACGUGUCAACAGUCUUAGAAGCCACAAAGCAUAGGCGUUCCGAUGGAGCUCGAGCCACCGUCUCAAUUGGUCUCUCUAUGUUAUGUGGACCGUCAGUCGCUGAAGGAAAAAUGCGAAAAAGCCUAUCAGAGGCCCUAAACAUAAACAGGCGAAGAGUGGCAAUGAGUGUGACUCAAAACAAAAAUGUUUUCUGCGACAAAGACGCCCUGUGGAAGCUAACAAAAAGAAAAACUCGUAGUGAUGCCAUCAGCGAGGAAGUCAAGCAGAUAGCUCAAGACUUUUGGAGCAGUCCAGAGAUAUCCCGACCAACUGGCAACAAAAAAGACAUAAAAAGGGAACGUGUUGGUCCUAAACAAUACGUCUUUCACGAGAAACAAGUCUUAGAGAAAACCCAAACGGAGGUUUACGAGGAGUUCAAAGCAAAGUUUCCAGACAUUGAUUUAGGUCAGAGGGCCUUUGAGAAGUGCAAGCCAUUCUACGUCAUUGAAGCCAGACCACAAGACAGACAGUCAUGUUGUUGCCGCGCACACGUUGAAGUCAGAAUGCUUUUUAAAACAUGCAUGACAUUCAGAAGAAACAUUUUACAGGGACGAGAAGAAGCCGAUUCAGAAUCGUAUCCUGUUUUCGAACAUCUAUCAGACUUAGUAAACGAGACACUGUGUAACAAAGGAGAUAAUCCAUAUCACCGCCUUACGUGCAUCAACCGUGAAUGUGAACAUUGUGGAGUAACGAAAUUGAAGCUAAUGUCAAAGGAGGAAGACACAAGUCAAUCUGCUAUCGAGGUGAAAUGGGAACGGUUUGAAUACGUAUCUAUUUCAAAUGAAGGAGAAGAAAAGAGACGUCUCAAGAUCGUGACUAAAACGUCGAAAGCAGGGGAGAUGUUUGCUUAUUUCAAAACUCUCCUUGAAUCGUUCCCAGCACACCAGUUUCGAGCAAAAUGGCAACAAGAACAAAUGAAGAGAAAUGUUGAUAGCCUACCACCUGGUCACGUGUGUUGUGUUCACGAUUAUUCCGAAAAUUACUGCUGUCGGUACCAGGAUCAAAUCCAAACCCUCUACUUUGCUCAGGCACAAGCAUCUAUUCACGUGACAAUUUUACACCGCCAUAAACUAGUACAAGAAGAAAACGGGCAUAAGAUUAUUGACGGUCAAGAAACUGUAACUGAACAUUUGUUUGUCAUUUCGCCGGAUCUUAAACAUGACCAUGAUUCAGUACACGAGUGUAGAAGUGUUGUAGUUGAUUAUUUACGCGAAAUAGAGUAUCCGUUAACGGUUAUGCACGAAUGGACAGACGGAUGCGCAGCUCAGUACAAGAGUUGUCACUGUAUGGGCGAUCUCAGCUUUUCAGUAGCAGAUUUCGGAUUUUUAACGGUGAGAAACUACUUCGAAACGUCUCACGCAAAAGGACCUCAGGACGGAGCAGGUGCUAAUUUAAAGCACAAAGUAGAUAUGGCAGUGAUUAGGCGCCAAGUUGUUGUUCAGAAUGCACAUGACCUCUACAAUUACGCGAAACAAAAAUUGACUGAGCCAAGUUCGGCCCGUUAUAAGUCACAGAGCGUGGGGCUUGAACGGAGAAUCUUUUUCUACGUGGAGCAGCAUCGUCGAAACAGACAACGACGAUUCAAGCAAAUCAAAGGCAGUAGACAGAUUCACAGCGUUGCGGCCACAGGUGACUUGACUGGUUUGAAAAUUAAGACUCGUUUUCUGUCCUGUUACUGUGACAGCUGCAUUGAUGACCAGUUCGAUUGUGAAAAUGGAGAAUGGGUGGAACCUUGGAAAGAAAUUGAAUUAGAGCAAGAGGGUGGCCAACGCAGAGUGACAAGAAGUGAAACAGUGGAUCAGCGGGUUGGCAUUAAAGACUUAAUCACAGAGAACAGUGUUGUUGCCAUAGCUUCAGGAGAUCCUGGCGAGGAUUAUUACCUCAUCAAAGUAACAGGCCAGGGACCAGAAGAGUUACAAACUCCUACCAAAGAUGACUGGGGAAUUUUGUAUCCGGCAGGCGCGGAAAUACUGUGUGGUCACUUCCUUCUCCCCAAACGAGGAUCGAGUCGUAACUACAAGAUGGAUAGUGCUCGGAAAGCGAUCGUUUACGCAGCGACAGCGGCAUUUGUGUGUACUGAUCUACAGUGUUUACGUGAUGAAACUAUUGUUCUAAGCGAACAAGAGCAUUUGGAUAUUCUGCAAUCGCUAGAAGGCUUUUAA